UCUUUGCCCACACACCCACAUUUCCCCCCCUUUUUUUUUCUCACUCCAUUCCUAGUUCUCCUCCACCACUACCACCACCACCCUCCUCCUCCCUCCUCCCUCCCCAAUGGCUCAGGAGGCUGAGGACCAUGAUCAGCAGGAAAUGGUGGCGGAUUUGGGGAGCAAGGACCCAGGUACAGAUGUGUACUUGUGGGAGUUGAGUGCCACAGACAACGGGAAAAACAGAGAGACCCUGCAGGAAGCUUUUCGGAAAUUUAGGAAGAAACGUCAGGAGAAAUUGCGGAAUGUAAAAUCGAUACGUGUAAACCCCCAUUCGGUGCAGAAUGAGGUUCAGUUAUGGGAAUUACGGCAAAAAUUCAUUGAGCAAGCAAAGCACUACAUUGGUGUGCCAUAUGCAAAGAAGUUCCAUGACCCAGGAACUCCGGAGUAUGAAUCACCUUUGUUUCUGGAUUCCUGCGGGCUGGUGAAAAGAAUUGUGCGAGACCUGAGGGAUGACUUUGGAUUUACUAUUGGACAUGGGAACCAGAGUUACUUGUAUGACACGCUGCCCAACAUAAGGACCCAGGAGACUAUGCAGCCAGGGGACCUUGUCUUCAUCUCAGGCAAAAAUUUGAACCCCAAAGCCAAAUUGCAGUUCCAUGACAUUGUGCACGUUGAGAUCUGGUUUGGAGAUGGAGAGAAGACACUUGGUGCCCGCUUGAGGAAUGGCGGGGUGCAGAUUUUUGAUUCCUACAAGUUUGACUCUCCCCUUUAUGAGAAUAUGGAAUAUCACUUCAAAUCAAUUGACACGUGGCUACAAGGAAACUGUGUGAGCCACUGCAGCGAACAUAAGGGGGAUUCGACAACCCACAUUCCUGGCAAGUGGUCGAUCUUUGCCUUGGAGCAUGCCGAUGAGAUGGCGGAAGAUGACACUGAAGAUAUAGAAGCCGACAAUACGGCAACUGCAGACGAAACAUUGCAAGACAGCAAAACAGAGCCACCUGACCACAACAUGACAAUUUCUGCACAAGUACAGAAUAAUCCCAGAGAGGUGAUACCGAAGAUCCCAAUCCAGACAAGGAAUGAAAUUAAGGAAACAAGAAAUGGGGAGUCAUUCAAAAUAUCCGACACUAUUUCCCCACCAACUUUAGACAGUUCGGUGCGUGCUCAGAAUAAUCCUACAGAGAUGAGACCCCAAAUCCCCAAACAGACAAUGAAUGAAACAUCUGACUCCAUUUCUGAUAUUGUCUUAACUGGCAAUACGGAGAGCACAGAUAAUUCAAUCAUACAUGUAAUUUAUUCAAAAACUGACUCCUCCGAGAGAAGUUCCAGUGCAAACAGCUCAAUCCCCAAUCCUGAACAAGUGACCCAAUGUAUGAAAUGCAAUUUAAGAACAGACAAAGACAGGAACGUUCCACAGGAACCCGGGUCAGAGCUGAGCGGAGUAGAACAAGAUGAGAAGGAAGAACCGAGCCAGACAGCACAGACCAGUCAGGUAGCAAGCUCUUCAUCCUUAAUUGCAAGCAAUUCAAACGCGUACGCUGUAAGAUUUCUGCAACAUGAAUUGCUCUAUAUUUUUUGCCCAUUGUUCCUAGCCUUUGCCCUUGAGCUCCUGGCAGUUUAUCUGUUUUUGCUGUAAGCAAAUAGCAAUACACAAUUUGGGUGUAACUAGACCAGUUCAUAAUUUAGUUUGAUUGUGUUAACAAUAUUUCAAAUACAAUCUGUCCCAAUUAAGUUGUAUACUUCUUUUUUUCUUUCUUUCAUAUUUUUCUGUUGCAAAUGUUCUUCGGUUUCAACAUGCAUUCAUAUAUUGUUUUCAAAGUUUACAGUCAAUACAGGACCCUUGCUUCAACAAUGAUUUGUGACGAAUAAUUCCUCAUCCCAACCACUUUUGGGGGUAAAUAGUUUUUCUCUCUUUAAUUCUUUCUGUGAUUUGCUUAAUUAUUCUUUUUCACUGGGAUUCUUCCCAUGUGGCUUCUGUAUUCCAGCAAACCAA